AUGUCCGGCCCGUCUGGCGCCUCCUCCUCGCGCGGCGUCGGCGUCGUCGUCGACCGGUUCUACAGCCCGCCCCACGUGCGCCGCCAGCAGCAGGAGGAGCAGCUGCAGCGGCUCAAGGACCUGGCCCAGGGCCAGGGGCAGCAGCGCCCGUCGUCCCCGGCGGCGGGGACGCUCACGCCCAGGGCCGCCGCCAGGCAGCAGAAGACGCCACCGGCCGAGACGCCCGCCCCGGUCAAGGAGCCCGAGAGGCGGGCCGCCGCCGCGCCCUCCAAGCCGCCGCCCGUGUCCGCGCCGCCGGCCUCCACCGCCAAGGCGGCGGAUGCGGCCACCGCCGCUCCCCCGCCGGCGGCGCUGGAUGAGGCGGGGAAUCUCGACAGGUUCCUCAGCUCCACCACGCCAUCUGUGCCCGUGCACUACUUGCCCAAGACCAGCAUGAGGGGAUGGAGGAUUGCUGAUGUUACGAAUUCUCGACCAUAUUUCUGCCUCGGAGAUCUCUGGGAGGCUUUCAAGGAGUGGAGCUUUUACGGGGCUGGUGUCCCCCUUGUCUUAAGUGGAAGUGAAUCUGUGAUUCAGUAUUAUGUGCCAUACCUUUCUGGUAUACAGCUGUAUGCAGACCCUUCAAAGCUUUCAUCAAGGACCAGGCAUCCUUGGGAGGAAAGUGAUGGGGAAUCUAUGGAUACUAGCAGCGAAGGUAGCAGCGAAACUGAUGCUGACCGAUUAAGAAGCUCAACCGUGGAAGCUACAUGUCAAUUGGACGGUGGCUUUCAAAGGGAUGGUGAUGAAAUGCACUCACCAUCGACUCGGCCAAUUUUUGAAUAUCUUGAGACGGAUCCACCAUUUGGUAGAGAGCCUUUAACAGACAAGGUGUCAGUUCUUGCAAGUAAAUUUCCAGAUUUGAAGACAUUCAGAAGUUGUGACCUGCUGCCAACCAGUUGGAUGUCUGUUGCAUGGUACCCUAUCUAUAGAAUCCCAACUGGACCUACACUCAAGGAUUUGGAUGCAUGUUUCUUGACAUUUCAUUACUUAUCAACACCUUCCAAGGAUACUGAUCCCAGUACACCAGCAUGCCUCAGUUUUGGGGGCCUUAAUUGCUGUAUGAACGCCGCUGGUAAACUAACAUUGCCCGUCUUUGGGCUGGCAUCAUACAAAUUGAAGAGCUCUAUUUGGUCCUCAAAUAGGCCUGAGGAGCAGCAGCUUGCAGCUUCGUUGAUGCAGACAGCAGAUGACUGGCUUCGCCAUCGCCAAUGGCUUAGCGUGCGUUCGGUUGACGGCACGGUAUUUGGAUCGGAGUCACGGAGGGACGGCGACAGAAGAGGCGACCGCAUCUGGAUCUCGGUGGCGGCGCCCUCCCUGGCGGCCGUGACCCUCGCUCUGUCCAUCUCCAACAACGGCGACGCUCUCCCUCAUCCUCGGUGCUGGCGGGAUCUCGGCUCCCUUGACAAGACUUGUGAACAAGGCAGCAGCAUAGUUCAGUUUGGAAACAUGUCAUCAAAGAAGAUAGAGUUGGAUCACAAGGACUUUGUCCAUGAUUCUGCCAUUGACUACUAUGGCAAGCGCCUUGCCACUGCUUCCUCAGACUCUACCGUGAAGAUCGUCAACAUUGGUGCGGCAAAUGCCCCAUCCCAGGUCCUUGCAACGCUUAGUGGCCACUAUGGUCCUGUGUGGCGUGUUGCGUGGGCCCAUCCAAAGUAUGGUGCUAUCCUUGCAUCCUGCAGUUAUGAUGGCCAUGUCAUUAUUUGGAAGGAGGAUGCACGAGGCAAUUGGUCUCAAGUCCAUGUGUUCAGUGACCAAAAGUCAUCUGUCAACUCCAUUGCUUGGGCUCCGUAUGAGGUUGGUCUGUGCCUUGCCUGUGCAUCUUCUGGUGGAAGAAUAUCCAUCUUGACGAUGCGAUCUGAUGGGGGUUGGGAUACUUCAACCAUUGAGCGAGCACAUCCUGUUGGUGCGACUGCCAUAUCCUGGGCUCCUGCAACAGCAUCACUAGCUGGUGCAGGGGAGCUUGUGUACAAGCUCGUCUCAGGAGGGUUUGACUCUGUCGUUAAGGUCUGGGGAUUCAACAAUGGUAGCUGGAAGCUGGAGAGUGCUCUUGUCUCUGACAUGCACACAGAUUGUGUGAGGGAUGUCGCAUGGGCACCAGUUUUGGGAUUGGCCAAGUCGACCAUUGCCAGCGGUUCACAAGACGGGAAGGUUGUCAUCUGGACCAAGGGAAAGGAUGGAGACAAGUGGGAGGGAAAGCUCAUGCGUGACUUUGGUUCCCCUGUCUGGAGGGUGUCCUGGUCCUUGACUGGGAACAUAUUGUCCAUAGCCGCUGGUGAGAACAACAUAACCCUCUGGAAGGAAGGGUCAGAUGGGCAAUGGGAGGAGGUGAUGAAGGUUGAACCAUAG